AUGUCAUCCCUUUCAGAACACAUCAUGCGAAUGGCUCACCUCAGUGCUCAAAUAUUUGGGGAAGUUGCCAGCCCCACUGAUACCAAGUCCAUAAAAGUAGUGAAGUUGUUUAGUGAACAGCCUUUGGCCAAAAGGAAGGAAGCUUAUGCCUGGUAUCCCCCUCACAAUCACCAUUUUGCUCUCAUGUGGAAACUCCAUUUCUUUGGUCUUUACAGAGAUGAACAUCAAGAUUUUAAGGAAAAGUAAAUGUGACUAAAGAAGCUUCAUGGAAAAGGCAAACCAAACAAAGACGAAGGGAAAAGAUCAGCUGCAAAGAAAUAG